CUGUAUCUCCGCAUGCCAAACUACUCGACCGCUUCAGUUUAAAAUAAUCAUAAUAGUCAAAAUAAAGAAGUCGAACCCACCUUCUUUGUCGAAUUAAAGCUAAAUAUACUUUAGCCUUGACGCAGAACGAACAUAGUUACUUUAUUAGACAAUAACAUAAUUAUCGCAAGCAACUGGACCGAGUUUAGCUUACUUAACCUGGUUUGCGAGCCUCUUCGUCGCGAAGCAUAGGUCAAGUGUGGACGUAAAGUGUUGUGAUUUUCUUUGAAAAUGCGCCCAAGAAGAACAGCAGAGAACGAGGAGCAACUUUGUGGGGCAAAAGAGGAGAGCGGCGUUGUUUUCAAAAAGUGUCGAUUUGGCUCACGCAGAGCAGACAUCAGCAAAGAUGUUUGUCCUGAGCGUCUGGAUGCAGAGCCCUCCCACUUUAAAGAGGAAGAGCAGAAAAAGCAGGUCUUCUACUUUAAAGAGGACGAGGAGCAACAGGCCCCUUACAUGAAAAAAGAGGAGGAGCUUAAGCACCCUUACACCAAAGUGGAAAGUUUAGAUGAAGAUCAAAAUGGGGCGGAGCUUCCAAGCAGCAGCUCGUGUCAGCGCAUGACAACAGAAGGUGAUGGUGACCACCAUGGAGCAUCACAAGCAGACGGCCUCAUCGCUCCACUGUCAGAUAGUGACAUCUCGUCAAAUGCUGCUGAUGAAGAUAAAGAGUCUGAUGGUGAUCUCAUAUGUCACACUGACAACAAACCGUGGAAAUGUCCUCGGUGUGAGAAAAGGUUUGCUGAUAAGAAUGCCUUGAAAUUACACACGAGAACUCACACCCGUAAGAAACCGUUCACCCGUUCAGACUGUGGCCGGAAAUUGUCUCAUCAGAGAAACUUAAAAAGUCACAUAAGAAUACGCACUGAUGAGAAGCGUUUUUCCUGCUCAGACUGUGGCCGAAAAUUCUCUCAUAAGGGAACCUUAGUAAAUCACACAAGAACACACACUGCUGAGAAACCUUUUUCAUGCUCACUUUGUAGCCAAAAAUUUUCUCAGAAGCAACACUUAAAACGUCAUACAAGUGUACACACUGCUGAGAAACCUUUUUCUUGCUCAGUUUGUGGUCAAAGAUUCUCCCAGAAGAGAGUAUUUAUAAAGCACACAAGAACCCACACUGGUGAGAAACCCUUUGCCUGCUCAGUUUUUGACAAAAGAUUCAAUCAGAAGAGAGACUUAACAAAGCACGAAAGAACUCACACUGGUGAAAAACCUUUUUACUGCUCAGUUUGUGACAAAAGAUUCUUUCAGAAGGGAGACUUAACAAAGCACACCAGAAUCCACACUGGUGAGAAACCGUUUCCCUGUUCAGAUUGUGGUCAAAGAUUCUCUCAGAAGGUCAAUUUAAAAAAACAUGUUCGAACCCACACUGGCGAGAAACCUUUUGUCUGUUCAGACUGUGGCCAAAGAUUCUCUGAGAAGGGAACAUUAACAAAGCACGUCAGAACCCACACUGGAGAGAAACCGUUUACCUGUUCAGACUGUGGCCAAAGCUUCUCUCACAAGGGAAGCUUAAAAAGGCACACAAGAACUCACACCGGUGAGAAACCCUUUGCUUGCUCAUUUUGUGGCCAAAGGUUAUCCUGGAAGUAUCAGAUUCAGAAUCAUAAGUGUGUUGAUAAGAUGAACAAUAAUCAAUGAAAUUUUCACAUCCCAUCUGAGCAGGCUUCAUCAGGCUGAUUGUAUUUGAUGUAACUUGAUCUUGGGCUGCUGAACUUUUCUUUUCCUUGACUGCAUUGAAAAGCUUGUUGUAGAAAAUUAAGCAUUCUCAUCGGGGUUAUAAUACAUUUGGAUUCUUCAUUAUCGUUACUUUUUAUUUGGCUUGGAGUUGUUUUAUUAAAUGUAGUUUUGUUUUAAUAAGUUUUCAGAGGAGGUUUGGUCAUUUGUAUUGAAAAUGAAAUGAAAAGAACGUUUAAAUGACAAGAGAAUGUGCGAAAUGAAUCCAAUAUGUGUGUGUUAGUAAAUCAAUAAAGCCUUACUUUGACACUCCAAUCAA